AACUUCACCCCCUUCUUGUCUCUUCCUCCUUUGCUAUCUCCACCAUAAUUUAUGUGACUUAUUAUUUAUUUAGUUCUACUUUAUUGGUAUUUUUAUACUUAGAUUUAAUUUUAAAAUUUAAUAGUUAGUAACAUAAUUAAUAAUUAUAUAAUUAUUUAAAAUUUAUUUUUAACUAUUAAUCUUAAAAUCUUUAAUAUUAUAUGAAAUUUUUAAGGCCGAUUUUAAAUGAAGUCAAAAGUAAGCAGACCGAGAGAGAAAGUACGAUUCUUGUAAUGAGUGGUCAAGGGUUAGCAGUAAUUUCCUAUUACGUUUCUAAGCUGGCAUUUACUCUUCUUCGCUCUUAAGAAGAAAGACUGACGUUUCUUUUUUUGUCAAAAACGUUCACUAUCAUUCUUGAACCCGCCUGCCAUUACAAUCUACACGUUUUCAAUUCUUUGAUUUCUUUCACACCUGAAAGAAGAAUCUUCCUUCUCUUUUCCUUUUCCUUAUCUCCUUCUUCUUUCCCUUUCUGGCUAAUUAAACAAUUACUUAUAACUCAUUUUCUAGCAUUGCAGCCCAAAGAUUUGUAUUUUGCUUUUUUGAAACACAUAGACCAGAAGUUGGCAUAAACAAUGGAUCAACUCUUUCCAUUGACUGAAAGGGACAUUAAACCAAGAUUCAGAAAGGCAAGGGAGCUGUAAUAUGUCAUGCAAUUCACGAUAAUUGAACAUAAUGAGGAAACAGAAUAAUUCAAUGAGGAAUUCAGGUACGUAUACUAGCCCAUCGACACCAGAAUAUGGAGAUGACCAUUUUGAAGGAUUUCAGAAAGGCUGGUGUUCUGAGAGAGUUCCCUUGCCAACCAAUAAUAGCAGAAGGCAUAUUACUGCUACUGCAUUGAUGCCGUUCAAUAGUGGAAGGGCAUUGCCUUCGAAAUGGGACGAUGCAGAAAGGUGGAUAACAAGUCCACUAUCAGGUCAUGGAACUCCCAAGAGUUCAAAUGUGCAAUCGCAGAAGCAUCCUAAGUCAAAAAGUGGGCCUCUUGAAAAUCCUGGUGUUAUGUACAUGCAGAACUUUUCACCUUCUGUCCCAGUUCAUGAAGGUGAAAGUAGAAGUAAUUUUCUAGCAAGUUCACCAUUUACAACAGGUGUACUGGUGCCAGAUGGAUUAUCCAUUCAUUAUGGUGCUGGUUCCGGCUCAAGAUCUAGUGCUUUUUAUGCUGAGAAUAGUAUGGCUCAAGCAAGAACCGCUCCUGGCCUGUCAGAUUUUUUCGCUGAAUCUUCAUUACCAAGCUCCCAAGAUGACAAGGUUGAUGACUCCAAGGAAUCAGAUUCCAUUUCUCCUGUAGUUUCACGUCGAGACAUGGCAACACAGAUGAGCCCCGAUGACAGUACAAAUUCCUCUUCCAAAGGAAGAUCCCCUUCAAUCCGUUCGAUAGAGGAGCCAAAUAAUAAGCAUUCUGCUAAAGUUGAGAUUAGAGAUGUACAGGUAGACAGAGGACCUCCCGUGUCCAGAGAAUCACAGAAAAAUGGGUUAAGGAAAACAAGGAAAGACUUACAAGAUGCAAGUGACUCAAAUUUAUGCUGGGAUGUUGCAGAUGCAGAAAGGAGCAUGCCAAAGCUGCAAAGAGAGGAAGCCAGGAUUAAUGCUUGGGAGAACUUGCAGAAGGCUAGAGCUGAAGCAGCAAUCCAGAAGCUCGAGAUGAAACUAUCAAAGAAGAGGUCAGCAUCUAUGGAUAAGAUUAUGAACAAGCUUAGACUUUCUCGGUUGAAGGCUCAAAAGAUGAGAGGUGCACUCUCAGAAGGUCAUCCAACAACUUCAAAAAAAUUCUUUCCUUUGCAGAAGUACUUCAAGAUCACCUGUUUCAGCAGUUGCUUUUACUGCCGUGUCCAUUAGGAUGGCAAUACUUUUCUUUGAAAUUGCUCGGAGGUUGGAUCAACAUAUGAUUCUCAUCAUAGCUUGGAGUAUAUUUCAUUCUUGGUGAUGGAAGGAGUAAUUAGUUAGAUAUGUCAUCCUAAAGUGAUUAAGUUCAGUUUAAUCCACUCCGAAAAUUAUUUUUGUAUAUGGUUAUAUAAAAAGAGAUAGCAGUGAGGACUGAACUCUAUGAGUACAUACCCAAAAAAGUCCACAAUUGAGGUAUUGUACCAAUUUAGCAAAUUGGCAGCAAUAUUUUGAGAAUUGAGAUACACAUUAUCUGAUUUAUAGUCUGAAUACUUUUAGACCUUCCUAUGGAGAAGGCAUCUGAACACAUUCUCCUGAGGGUACCCUUCCCCUCAAUAUUCUAUUCUUUUGUUUUUCAA